UAUGCGGGGCGGACUGGGCAAUAGGACUUCCGGAAAUCUGUGCCGGAGCACCCCUGCUUCCUAAUCAAAGGUCUUGCGAACACAGACCAGGACGCCGCAGGUUCUUUCUCCGCUGCCACCGCUCGCAAAGCUUUCCCGACCGACAUGCCGUUCGUUGAGCUGGACACGAACUUGCCCGCCAACCGCGUGCCCGCGGGGCUGGAGAAGCGGCUUUGCGCAGCCAGCGCCGCCAUCCUAGGCAAACCCGAGGACCGCAUGAACGUGACGGUGCGUCCGGGCCUGGCUAUGGCGGUGAGCGGCUCGGCCGAACCCUGUGCUCAGCUACUUGUCUCCUCUAUCGGUGUAGUGGGCACUGCCGAGGAUAACCGCGGCCACAGCGCCCGCCUCUUUGAGUUCCUCACCAAGGAGCUGGGACUAGGCCAGGAACGGAUAAUUAUCCGCUUUUUCCCCCUGGAGCCCUGGCAGAUUGGCAAGAAUGGGACAGUCGUGACAUUUUUAUGAUUGGCAUGGAAGACAUCCGGGGUAUCUGUGAGCUGGCCACCUCUUCCAGAGAGGCCUCCUGGCAUAGUGAAGGCCUGGUUGAUCCCAGCUUCUGGCAUCCCCACAUGCAGAUAUGUCUGUGACCUCACAGUCCUCUUCAUCUCCAUCCUUAUUCCAAAUAAAUGAAGAGAGCUUUGUCUUUCAAACAUUA